UUAUAAUAAAAAUUUGAGAUUAUAUUGUGGUGUUAUAAUCCAUUUUUUGUAAAAUUUAUGGUGUUAUUUUCUAACUUUUCCAAAUUAUAAUGUCCAUAGAUCUUUACUCCUUAUUACCAAAUGUGUUUGGUUAAGCAUAGGAAAUUCUACUUUCAGUCAUAAAGAGGAAAAAAAAAAUCAAAAUUGUAUAUUAAUUAGAUAUCAUAAGAUCUCAUUUUACUAUGUUGUUUCUUGCGUAGUAUACAAUAUUGUGAAUUUACAGCCAAAGUAAUUUAGUAACUGUUUGGCCUAGUUUCUACAAGUGUUUCUUUAUCUAAGAAAUAGAAACUGGGCCAAACAAGGGUUUUUUAAGAAACAAAAACACUUUCUCAAGAAGCCCAAAAUAACUUCUAGAGUGGGAAAAAUAAGAAGCACCAAUUUUGAGCUUCUCUAUAUCAGUUUCUCGGGGAGCUGAUUUCCCAUUUAAUGAAACUUUUUUUUGGACAAAAAUAUCCUUAACAUUUUACAAAAAGACCUCUAAUAUCCCAUUAAAAAAAAGAAACCCCCCUUCUCUCUCUUCACCUCUCAUAAACACUGAGCAGCUCUUUCUCUCUCCAAAAACACGAAACGCUCAACCCUCAAGGCCAAACAAAGACGGCGUCCGACGACAUGCAAUCCGGUCCUCCUAGACCACCGGCGCCACCAUUUCGUCCACCCAAGAGGACACAACCAAGCAAUAAUAAGGAGAAAGCUAUAGAUCUCAGUGGUUCUCCUCAUCCAAAUCAUCCCAAUACUUCACGAACAAGAAGUUCUGCCAAUGAGGUUAGUUCAAAUGGAAGUGCUUAUGAUGAUGUAAUUGACGAAUCCUCCUCCGAAGAAGAAGACGAUGAAGAUUUAUUACUUCAAGAACAACUGAGGGGUAAACAAAUGAUGUUAUAUGCCGCCACAGGGGUAACGAUACUUACCAAAUACUAUCUUAAAUAUUUAAUUAAACAGCCUACUAGGAUUUCGUUAUGUUCUGGAUGGCACUGGUUGCAAGAGGUUUUAUCUACAUCGGGUGAAAGUUAUAGGAUAUUAAGAAUGGAACCCCAUGUGUUUUAUAGUCUUGCUAAAUUAUUAAUGGAUAAAUAUGGAUUAAAGUCAACUAGGACCAUGUCUGCUGAAGAAGCACUCGGAAUAUUCGUAUAUUUAUGUGCACAAUUUCAAUCUAAUCGUAAUAUGAAAAAUCGCUUUAAACAUUCUGGUGAAACAAUAAGUAGAAAAUUCAAUGAAGUUCUUGAAGCAAUGAUAAGAUUUUCUAAAGAUAUUGUAAGACCUUCUGAUCCAAACUUCAAGGAGGUUCCAACUAAGAUACGAAAUAAUUAUAAAUAUUGGCCACAUUUCAAGGAUUGUAUUGGUGCCAUUGACGGAACUCAUAUUCCAUGUGUUGUUUCGGAGGAGGAUGAAAUCCCUUACAUUGGCCGCAAAGGUAACCCUACUCAAAAUGUUUUAGCAAUUUGUGACUUCGACAUGUUAUUUACAUAUUUUGUUGCUGGGUGGCCGGGAUCUGUUCAUGAUAAUCGAAUCUUAAAAGAUGCAAUGGAAGACCGCAAGAAAUAUUUCCCUCAUCCACCCGAAGGAAAAUAUUAUGUUGUUGACGCGGGUUAUCCGAAUAUGAAAGGAUUUAUGGCUCCUUUUAAAGGCGAACGAUACCAUGUUCCUGAUUUUCGUCGUUCAACACAACCUCCAAAUGGUUUCUACGAGGUCUUUAAUUAUUCACAUUCGUCAUUGAGAAACGUUAUAGAGAGAACAUUUGGUGUCUGGAAAAAAAGAUGGAGGAUAUUAUCAAUUAUGCCCAGCUUUUCGUUGGAAACUCAAAAGAAACUUGUUGCAGCUACUAUGGCUAUGCAUAACUAUAUAAGAAGACACGCGCUUGAAGAUUUGGAAUUUGAUAAAUGUGAUGCAGAUCCUUAUUACAUACCUGAAGUUGAAGGGGAUGAGGAUAUUGGAGGCAACCCGGUAACUACUCUUGAAGAACAUGAUGGAUCAAUGGAUGAUUUUAGUCUGGAGUCUAUUCGCUACAAUAUUGCAACUUCUCUAAUGAGUCGUGGAUUGUAACAUUAUUGGAUCUUUUAUUAGGAAUAAUAAUAGCAGACAUUUUGGAUAUGAAUUUUUUAUAUUUUGACAAAAAAAUCCAAGUAUUUAGACUUAUAAAAUUGUUCAAUAUUUUAAAUUAAAUUUAAUCUUACAAGCUAUUAUAAACAAUUUGCUAUUAAAAAACAAAAAAAAACUAUUAUUAACAAAAAAAAAAACUAUUAUUAACAACAAUGUACAAGAAAUUAAUACUAAUUUAUUCUCCCAAAUAAUUUUUUUAAAAAAAAACUAAUAUGGGCCAAACAGGGUAAAAUAGUUUCUCAAUCUAAGAAUCACUUCUGAUUUUUGAUGG